CUACUCGAGUGUGCCCUAAGCUACCCUCUCGGCCACCUGCUGCAACCCCAAAGUCACGGCCACAGGGCUUGCAGACUCGUAAUGCAGUUGUGCUGAGUUUAAUUCUCCAAGAAGAAAAACAAGGAAGUUACCUUCGAUUGCUGCCCCCCCUUUAUAUGAUUCACAUAUGCAGGCAGAAGGUGGUGGGGGAAAGAAACAUUCACGAUUUCAUUUUUGUCGUUGUGACCGCGGCAGAGUGGUGGAGCAUGGCCCAUACUGAGAUAUACGACUCCUGCGCAGCAUGUGCAACAAAAGGGCUGCGUGUGUGAUCACCGAUUUCGGCGAUUUGUAUUUUUUGUGACGUAGGCAGAGUGGUGGAGUGUGGCCGGUCCUGUGACGUACGACUCCUGGGCAGCGUGUGCAACAAAAGGGCUGCGUGCGUGAUUGUCACCUCCUCCAUGAUGAUGGUCCACAGGAUUCAUAUCAACACCGCAAACAGCUGGUCGUCUUCCUAACCAUCUACUUUACCCUAGUUUCCUGAAAUUGAGAACAUUCGAUUGCAUGAGCCAUCCCUUUUUGUUCUCCUCGUGCCCACAUGGAACCUAUUGAUCAUCAGCCAGCUUGAAAAAAGAAGAGAGGAAGGCAGAGAGAUUUGUUGGACGAGUGGUGGGAGGGCAGGAAGGAAUGGCAUUGAAAGAGUGACAGACACGUGAUUGAUUAGUUUUGUGAACUGGUUUCUUGCACAUUCAUUGGGCGGUGGUGAUGGUGAGAAAAAUGUGAGCAAUUCAGGGUUGUCGUCAAGCGGGGGGGUUUGACACGUACAUCGUCGCUCCUUCUACAUGAAUGGGGCGAGAGGUGGGGAAAUGGCGACGGCGUUCGCCAGUAAGAUGGCGGUCUUUUGUUGUUUUCUCAUUGAUUAUAAUGCUGCAGAUGUUGGUGAUGAGCGAAGGCUCCCGAGAAGUGAGAAAUGGAGAUGCCCACAGCAAGGAAAUGGAUGAGACAUCUGUUGAGAACGUAUAUGGGAACGAUAGCACUAGAAGCCAGGAGGGGGAGAAACGAUGGCAGUUUCUGGAGGGGAGUUUUUGCAAGGGGUGGUUGUGUCCUAAAUGCGCAGGUUUUAGGUGCGGAAAUGGUCAUUGUUUGAUGACGAUGAAGGUGUGCGAUGGCACGGAUGAUUGUGGAGAUAACUAUGAUGAAGAGGUGAACUGCACGGGGAGUCGAAGUCCUCCUUCGUCGAGCAGUAGAGACAACAACGGAGGCGAGGGUGGAGGGGAGGAGGAUGGUCCAAACACAGAAGAUGAUAGUAAACAUGGAGGCAAGUUUGAUCGGGAUGGACCAAAUGAGAACGAUGGAGAAGAAAAUUUCGCAUUUCGAGGAGUCUUGAGGAUUGUUGUUAUGGUGGGGGGAAGCAUAGGGGUGUUUCUGGCCUUCGCUCUUAUGUUUGCAACAGGGUACUGUUUGGUGCAUUACAGGGGAGGAGAGGCACAAGGAGAAGCGGCAGGAACCGGAGGAGGGAGCAAGGGAGACGGAGAAAAUGGUGGUGGCGGUGAUAGAACGAAAGUGAGACCAGCACAAUCGCCAAUCAGUUCUCCUUCUGCAACGAAGCAUAUAAUUGAUCGGAAUCCUGUGAAGCUAUGGCAAGGCAGACCUGAGCCCACAGCCAAGACUGAAAAACCUCCGCUUGCUAGAAGUCCUUCUUCCCAUCCAUCUUACCCAACCACUCGAUCGGGUCGGCUGAAGCAUCAUCAUUCCGGUGAGGCGGUUGGGCCUUAUCAACCUCUUCGCUCCCCGCCUGACGUAACACAUGAUGCUGAUGCUGAUGCUGAUGCUGAUCGUGGGAUAUAUGUCGACACAGCACCAGGUGCCGUUGAAAUGGUAAACACCAGCUCCGUGGAUUAUUUUCCUUAUGAACUGCGCGCAGGGGGUCAGGAACCCCAUCUCAUUCCGCACUCUCUCGUCCCUCCUGUGAGGCUCCCUGCCAAGUUUACUAGCCAUGGUAGUUUCGCCGAAGUGAUGUUCUCUGGCUCACUCAGUGCCAACGUCAGUGGCAACCUCAGUGGCAGCCUCAGUGACACCUUCUCGUCUAUAAGUGGUGUGCCGAUAGCGCAUCCACUUGAGGAGAUUUUACUGCGGCAAGACGAAGAGCCACGAGCUAGCGAGAGCAAGCGAUUGUUGGGAAGGGCAGAUCAUUUUUCAGGCACAGAGGUCUAAUUUUUGCAUGAUUUGGUAAAUAUACCUGGGAUUGUAAAUAAUCCGUUGUGGUUCGAUUGGCAACCUCCAAGGCACAGCUCCAAUCCAGCCUAAAUUCUUGCUCAUAGCAAAGCAGGCCGUUGGCAGCAUUUAGCAAGGACGAGGGAGGGGGCGUAAUGGGAAAGCAUUGAGCGAGAGCUCGAGCGAGAAGAGCAUGGAGGGGAAGUGAGCUGUGUGCAGGCAGUGGGGGAAAUGAGGAGGGUGACGGGCGAGAGGCAAUGGGGAGGCGCACGUUGUUGGGCUGAGGGGUGGGCGGGGUGGCGGAUUGUUGAAUUCUUUUCAAUUUAUGCGUGCUUGCAACUCGCAAUGCCAUUUAUUGGGGCGGGCCGGGUCGCGGAUUGUUUAAUUCCUUUCAAUGUAUGUGUGCGUGCAGCUCGCAACGCCAUUUAUUUCUUUCUCGUACUCGUCACUUGUUUCUGUAGGGGGUGUGGCACUUGGGAGAAGGGCGCAUUUUUCAGAGUGGCCUUUGCAACAAGCUGUCUCUCCUUGCUGUCAAUUUACAAGAGCAAUCAAGACGAGAUGAAGGUGGUGCUUGGUAAGCCCAGCAUCUCGACAACGAGAAUUUGCUGUAUUGUUAUGGAUGGCUUUGAAAUAUAUAGCCAAUGCACUGUUGAAACGUGACAGCGCCAUCCCCAUCAUGAAGAACAGGAACAGUCAAAGUCUAGGCUCAUUUACUUGCUGUUUCAAUCGAGUAAUUUACUAUUCUUAAUCUUUGCUGGCUUGUGCAAACCAAGAGGAGGAGGACGCUGACGAGUAGCAUUAGUGGAUCUGUGACAGUUUCGGGAAGUGUGGAUAUUUCGAUUACUGUCAGAGUCGGUCCUUUCUUCCCUCGUGUUGUAAAUGCUAAUAAAUCCGUUGGAUUUUCGAUGCAGGGUGGUUGGUUUUGACACUGUCGCUUGAUCACAGGGUAAAUACGCGAAAUCAGUCUGCCUAGUGACAAGGAAAAAGGGUGAUACGCUUUCACAAACUCGCAUGGAGAAACACGUCAAAAGCCGGUGAUACCGUGAUAAGCUUUUGUGAACGUAGAAGUUUAAAAUAUGCGAGAGUCAAGUGUGUUAUUUUUGAAACAGAAGUGAAGAUGUGGGGGUUGAGGCAAAAAAGACACAGAAAUUGACAGAAUUGAUGUUUCUUUUCCCGGGUGGUAGACCCCUAAAGUAUGUGCAGGAGUGCACAGAGAAGGAGAGUGCAAGAGAAGGGGCAUUUUUGUCAGAUCUGCCGGUGCAGCCCAGCAUUCAGGUCCUGGCGGCCAGGGGCAGCCCAGCAUCCCUAAAUUAGAUGCAUGACAUGCACACUAUACUAUUUGCCAGACAAGGGAAAUCCAGGAGAAUUGGCAGUAAUGCCAGAUCCGACGGCCAGGGGCGGGCAGCCUGACAUUUUUAAAUUGCGUGCAGGACGUAUACGGCUACUACACGCUCCUCAUGUGAUGAAAAGAAUAUUCAUCGGUGUGUGUGUCGAAAACAAGAUUCGGUGGCGAAUAGGAGAUCUAUGCCUCGCAAAGCAGGCACUUGGUUAGCCGAGUGAGAAAGCACAAAGUGUGCCUGUCAAUUACACGA